AUGGGUAUUGGGGUAUUAGAAGAUAGGCACCUGGACAGGCCGCCAGGAACCUCGAAGCUCGGCGAGGAGCAGGGUUCCUCGUUCGACUCAGCGAGCACCGGCGAUUUAAAGAAAGAUGGCGACAUCAUCCUAGUUCCGCAACCGAGUAAUUCGCCAAACGAUCCGCUCAACUGGUCAAUGACAUGGAAGAACUCGAUUAUGCUCAUCCUGGCAUUUAGCUCCGGUGUCACAACUUCACUUGGUCCUAUGAUCUCUCCUGGUUUGAUAGUUAUCAGCCAACAGUUCAAUGUCGACCCUGACACUGUCUCGACCUUCAUGGUCGGUUCUAUCCUUCUUUUUACGGGAUCGGUCACUUUCUUCACGGCUUCUGGUGCGAAUAUCUGGGGCAAGAGGCCAUUCUUCGUGAUCUCGACGAUGAUGUUGUUGAUAUCUAAUAUUUGGGGUACCUUUGCGGACUCCUUCCCUUCACUAGCUGCAAUGCGAAUCUUCCAAGGUAUCGCCUCCGCUCCUUUGGAAACCCUGGUUACGUCUACGGUUUCCGAUCUUUUCUUCGUUCAUCAACGAGGGUUCCGUCUCUCACUAUGGGGUGUUAUGCUUGGUAGUGGUGUUUUACUAGGCCAGAUCAUUUCUGGUUUUAUCAUCGAGUCCAUGGGGAUCUCGGGAACUUUUGCCGUCAGUGCAAUAAUCUUCUGCGUGAUUCUGCCUCUUGUAUAUUUCGUCGUUGUUGAAACCACGUACACGAAGCCACGCGAUGCUGGCAUGAUCAUCGAUAAGCGUCCGGAUUCGCGCGACUCUGAAGUAGACUUCAAGGAACUAAAGGGCGACGAUCCAGCCAACGAGCAGAAGGAGAGCUAUAAGAGUCAACUUCGACUCCUCCGUGGUCGUUUAUCGGAUGACUCAUUUUGGAGAGGUGUAAUCAAGCCGUUCCCCUUGAUUUGCUUCCCUGCUGUUAUCUUUUCAACACUCGUCUACGCAUCUUUCUUCUGCUGGUUGUUAAUGAUUGGCGUGCUGUCCGUCAACGUUUUCUCAGCCCCGCCAUAUAACCUCAACUCUGCUCAAAUCGGACUCACGAACAUCCCCUUAGCCAUUGGCGCUCUCAUCUUUUCACCAAUCUCCGGCUGGAUGGCUGACGCGAUUCCGGUUUGGAUGGCAAAACGCAAUGGUGGUGUUUUCGAACCCGAGUUUCGCCUUGUGCUCAUGGUCAUUGCCAUACCACUUUCAACAGCUGGCUUCAUCGGAUUCGGUGUAUCUGCUUCUAGGGGACUACCGUUGGUUUGGUGCUUGGUAUGGAUUACUAUGCACUCGAUAGCUGUGCCCUUCGCCUCGCAGGCUUCAAUCAGUUACGUUAUCGACUGCCAUACGAAGGACGCCAACCAGGCCUUCGUGACCAUCAACUUCGUCAAGGCUCUCCUAAGUUUUAUCGCAUCGACUGUAGCGAAUGGAAUGCUCGCCAAGUUUGGGCCCCAAACGUUGUUCACGGGAAUUGCGAUUCUAAACCUAGGAAUUAGUUUACUUACCAUACCUAGCUACAUCUAUGGAAAGAGACUGAGGAGUUGGGUAGCAAGGAGUGAUUGGGCGAAGAAGAUUUAA